AUGGAGCUUGCCAUAUCGGCAGUAACAGGUGAACUUAUGAGCCGAUUCAUCUCCUUCCUUACCAACAAGUACCACUCGAGCCACGAACACUCGGAAGAGAAGCAGCUGAAGAGGCUGCAGCAGCUGCUCCUGAAAGCUCGCACGGUCAUCGAGGAGGCAGACGGGCGGUACAUCACCAACUCCGGGAUGCUGGUGCAGUUCAGGAUGCUUGCGGAUGCCAUGUACCAAGGCUACUGGGCACUAGGUGCGUGCAGGUACAUCUCACUCGAAGAGUCCAUUGAGGAGGAGGGGGAGGUUCGCAAUCCAUCUGCUCCCAAACGUUUUCGCAUGGUUCAUGGAAGUGCUAGAAAGAACAAGGCCACAUACCCCGUCGACUUGCAGGGCGCGUUGGAGAGCUUGGAGGAUGUAGUCGCUGGCAUGACGGAGUUUGUUGUUCUUUUGGAUGGAUGCGACCGUAUUCUGCGUCGACCAUACGAUGCGUAUCUAUACCACGACAACAUCAUGUUCGGACGUCACACGGAGAAACAAAAGCUCCUGAACUUCAUGUUGCGGCACAACACUCCUGGUGGUGGUGCACCGGCUGUCCUUCCGAUCAUCGGUGCUUCUGAAGUCGGGAAGAGGACUCUGGUUGCCCAUGUAUGCAAGGACGAGAGGUUCAGCUCACACUUCUCUUCAGUUCGGUACCUGAGUGGAAAUUCCUUCAGUAGAAUCGCAGACCAUGGUAGUAUCAUGUCACGGAAGACACUAGUAAUUGUUGAGCUUGUUUCAGAUGUGGAGGAGGAGUAUUGGGCUAAGUUCUGCUCAUUUGUGGCGAGCAUGGGCAGUGGAAACAAGGUGAUCAUCAUCAGCCGGCUUAAAAGUACAGAGCGACUUGGAACAGUGGAGCCAAUCUUCCUCAGCACCCUGUCAUACGAGGAGUUCAGGUAUCCGGCACAGCACCUGCGGUUAGCGUGGAUAGCAGACAAGUUGGCCAGGGAAUUCCAUUCGGAAUGGUCCCUCACCGCUGCGAACAUAUUUGCAGACUUAAUGAGAAGGAAUCUGAACGUUUGUUUCUGGGCCAGCAUGCUGAGCAGGCUGAGAAGGGUCGUUGAGAGGAACCUCUCCAUGUUUGGGGAGCACCCGAGGUUCCUCGUUCAGAGAUACCACCAUAUAGAUCUUAGGGACUUCGUCUUGCAUCCCGCCGCUUCUCCGCUCCACGUCGUGCCUUCCUACACCAGCGGCAGCAGCCGCACUGAGAUUACGACGGAAAGGGAAUUGCUACCAAGGGUGAGGUUUGGGGAUCUAGUGAUGGAUCCUGGAGUUCGGCCGCAGGGGGAUUUCAAUGUGGUUGCAUGGGAAUCAAGAUUGCCGCCUUACACCUCGUUUGUUCAUUUUGUUCCAAAUGGAGAUGGUGCUCCAGGUGUGGUGGAACAGAGUACUCCCUUGUUUGGGAGGAAGCGUGCAGCGGUGCCUUUGUAA